AUGGUGUCUCCCCCACACUCCUACAGCCAGAAGUUGUCAGGCGAAUACUUCAGGUACAAGGGCAUCCCUUUCCCUGUCGGCAUCUACUCACCCGAGAGCAUCCGCAUGGUAGAGAACGCUGAUGUGCAGGACGACGACAUCUUCAUCAUCACCUACCCCAAGUCAGGCACCAACUGGAUGAUUGAGGUCCUCAGCUUAAUCCUAAAGGACGGGGACCCAGCCUGGAUCCACUCGGUGCCCAUCUGGAAGCGGGCACCCUGGUGUGAGACCGUCAUGGGUGCCUUCAGCCUCUCGGACCAGCCCAGCCCCCGCCUCAUGAGUUCCCACCUCCCCAUCCAGCUCUUCACCAAAGCCUUCUUCAACUCCAAGGCCAAGGUGAUCUACAUGGGCCGGAACCCCCGGGACGUGGUGGUCUCGCUCUACCAUUACUCCAAGAUUGCUGGGCAGUUGAAGGACCCCGGCACACCUGACCAGUUCCUGCAGAACUUUCUCAAAGGCGAAGUGCAGUUUGGCUCCUGGUUCGACCACAUUAAGGGCUGGAUUCGGAUGCAGGGCAAAGAGAAUUUCCUGUUUAUCACCUAUGAGGAGCUGCAGCAGGAUCUCCAUGGCUCCGUGCAGCGCAUCUGCCAAUUCCUGGGUCGGCCGCUUGGUGAGGAGGCGCUGGGCUCCGUGGUGGCGCACUCAGCUUUCGGCGCUAUGAAGGCCAACGCCAUGUCCAACUACACGCUGCUGCCCCCCAGCCUGCUGGACCAGCGCCACGGGGCCUUCCUCCGGAAAGGCGUGUGCGGUGACUGGAAGAACCACUUCACGGUGGCGCAGAGCGAAGCCUUCGACCGUGUCUACCGCGAGCAGAUGCGGGGGCUGCCCACCUUCCCCUGGGACGUCCUCGAGGACGCCAGCCCGGACCCCGAUCCCAGCCCCAGCCCCCCCGAGGCCUCCGAGCCCCCCAAUCCGUGA